AUGGCCAACCACUCAGCAGUGAUGGAAUUCUUCCUCAUGGAAGUCUCUGCCACCAGGGAGCUCCAGAUUAUACAUGGCUUUCUGUUUUUGCUUAUUUACUUGGUAACUCUUAUGGGAAAUCUUCUCAUUUUUGUCCUAAUCACUCUGGAUCAGUAUCUUCAUACUCCCAUGUACUUCUUCCUGAAGAACUUGUCACUUUUUGAUGCCUGCCUUAUUUCAAUUACAGUUCCAAAAUGUAUUAUGAGCACUUUAUGCCAUGAGAAUACCAUUUCUUUCUCAGGAUGCAUAUUACAAGUGUUGUUGGUGAUUCACUUUGCUGGGUCUGAGCUUUUCAUUCUAACAGCCAUGUCCUAUGACCGCUAUGUGGCCAUCUGUCGUCCACUGCACUAUAAUAUCAUCAUGAACAGGAGAGUCUGUAUGGGGAUGACAGUCACCUCCUGGCUUCUUGGGAGUAUCUUUGGGGUCUUAUACUCAUCUGGCACUUUCUCUUUAUCUUUUUGUGGCUCUAGAAAUCUUCCUCAGUUUUUCUGUGAUGUCCCCUCCCUACUGAAGGUUUCUUGCUCAAAGACUCAUAUCACCAUUGAUAUUAGUGAGGCAAUUGGGGUUAUGUAUGCACUUUUCUGUUUGGUGUCCAUUGGAUUUUCAUAUAUUUGCAUUUUCAAUACAGUGUUGAGAAUACCAUCAUCACAAAGGUGGUCAAAAACCUUUUCCACUUGUACCCCCCAUCUCAUAGUUGUAACAACAUUUAUCGUAACAGGUACCAUGGCCUAUCUAAAGCCAGUCCCUGAUUCCCCACAUCUUGUGGAUUUCUUGGUGUCUGUAUUCUAUUCUGUAUUGCCUCCAUCUUUGAACCCCAUCAUCUACAGCCUAAGGAACAAGGAAAUUAAGGAAGCUCUGAGGAAGUUUCUGUGGAAAGUAAGUCAUUGUAGACUCUAUGGAGAAAAACAAUAG